GGUAAUAAAAUGACCUAUAAAGGUCGACAAUGUUGCCAAAGUUUUUACACGUAUAACCAUAACCCCUCCCUCAAUUAUGGUGUUGUAAAAUAAGUAGUAGCGUUGAUUGAAAUAUUGAUAUGGGUAUCCAAUACCUCAAUCAACGGUAGUAGUCUGUAUAAUAAUAAUAGUAGGUAGUUAAAAUUAUGGCUCCCAAGAUAUAUGGAGAUGUUUUAAGUCCUUGUGUUAGGGCUGUUUUAAUCACAGCAAAGGCUUUGAACAUUGAAAUAGAGUAUAUUCCAGUAAAUGUAAUAAAAAAGGAACAAUUAUCGGCUGCAUAUUUAGAGAUGAAUCAACAACACACUGUUCCGACAUUGGAUGAUGAUGGUAUUAUUAUUUGGGAUAGCCAUGCUAUUAUGAUUUACUUGGCAGAAAAAUAUGGCAAAGGAAAUCCAUUAUAUCCUACAGAUGUAGCGAAAAGAGCUAAAAUAAACCGACUUCUCUUUUUUGAAUGCGGUGAAAUCUUUUCUAUGCAUAGAUAUUUAUGUAGCGAACUUCUUUUUUUGGGUAAAAAAGAAAUUUCUAAAGAUAUUGCUGCAGAAGAAGAAAAGGCCUUACAAUUCUUGGAACGUUUUCUAAAAGAUAGUAAGUAUGUCGCUGGUGAUGAAAUGACCAUUGCUGAUUUUAGCAUUUGGACUACUUUGUCGAAUGCUUCAAAUAUGGUUCCUAUCAAAGAAACGAUAUUUCCAAGGAUUACAGAAUGGAUUAAACUGAUGAACCAGCAACCAUAUAGAGAAAUCAACGAACCCGGAGCAACAAGAUUUAAAAGUUUGAUCGAUGCAGCAUUGAAGAAAUAGAGGUGUUUGGUGGCAUUGUUUAGAUUAUUUUUGUAUUUCAAUUUUUAUAUGUAUAAACUUUUUAGAGGUUUUGAAA